UGUCCAGCAGUGCAGAAAUCACAUCAGAACUUCUUGGCUUGGCGCCGUUCCCAUUUGCUUUCUUCUCCACCUUCUUUAUUCGAAUUUGUGGGAAUUUCCAUCGUCGACUCCUCCGCCUGUAUAUGGAUUUUGGGGAAUUGGAAGUUCGAUACGUUCACUGGCAGUCGAUUAGUUGAUUCCGAUUCCGGCAGUGUUGUGGUUUACUUGUUGGUUCUGCUCAAGUUGGAAACUUCACUGUGCAAGAACAAGGCGGGUAAACAAGAGGGGAAUUUUCCUGGGUUCCAAGUUCCAACCGUGGGUUGUUGACUUGUUGUUCGUCAGCUGCUGUUAAAUAUCUGAUUUGGGUGAUUGGAAGAAAGGCUUUUUGAUAAGGAUUCGCAGGGAAAGUUUGUAUCUUUCCGGAACUGGGGAUCGGGUUGGUUUUGGAACUGGCUCUUACCGCUCUGAAUCCGGCCGCCAUUGCUGAACAUUUGACGGAGCUACUGAGCUUACUCUGGUAAGGGAAGGAUUGAACAGCAGGGAUGAAGGAAAUUAGCUGCGCUCUGCGCUUUAUGUUUUCAGCGGAGUUUUGGACGAUGGGAUUGUGUUGGACAGUGUCGCUUCUGGCCUCCUACUGGCAGUUGUUUCUCAGAAGGAUUACUGGGAGGUGCGAGGUUUAUCCACGCAGUGGGCCUCCCAGAAAUUUGCCUACCAGGCCUGUUUGCAUUGUUACAGGGGCAACGUCUGGUCUUGGUGCAGCUGCUGCUUCUGCCUUGUCCAAAGAAGGGUUUUGCGUUGUUCUUGUUGGACUAUCAUCAGAAUUAUUAUCCGAGGCAAUGAAAGAGAUAAGAGAAGGGAACAAAGAUGCCCAUCUCAAGGGGUUUGUGGUCGACUUGUCAUCUUUUCGUUCCAUAUUGGAGUUCAAAAAUUCUUUAGAGAAGUGGCUGAUGGAGUCGGAUAUGCAUUCUUCCGUCCAGCUACUGAUAAACAAUGCAGGGAUUCUGGCAACAUCAGUUAGGCCCACUGCUGAAGGAUAUGAUCAGAUGAUGGGUACAAAUUACAUUGGUGCAUUCUUUCUGACUAAACUUCUAUUACCCCUUCUCAAAACUAGCCCUGUUGGUUCGCGUAUAGUGAAUGUGACAUCAUUUACUCAUCGAGCAGUCUUUGAUGCACAGAUCAAUGAAGAUAUUGUUACCGGAAAAUGCUUCUUCAGAUCAAAAGAAUACCCAUAUGCUCGUGUAUAUCAGUACUCAAAAUUGUGCCUCCUCCUGUUCACCUAUGAGCUUCACCGGCAACUUAACUUGGACAACAAGCCUUGUCAAGUCUCUGUCCUUGCUGCAGAUCCAGGAAUGGUGAAAACCAACAUCAUGCAUGAAGUUCCUUUCUCCCUUUCCAAAAUUGCAUAUCUGGUUUUCAGAGUACUGGGACUUCUACAGUCACCGGAGAAUGGGAUUAACUCCAUCCUCGAUGCUGCUUUGGCCCCAUCACACGUGUCGGGAGCUUACUUCUUUGGCGGUGAAGGCAGAACUUUGAGAUCUUCCGCGCUUUCUUACAAUACCAGACUCGCAGAGAAUCUCUGGAACAUCUCAAGCAACAUGUUCUUCAACUUAAAACUUGCUUCGCAAGCCACCUCUUCUUCAAGUUAGUGCUGUACAUCACCACCAGCAGAGGGACAUACAUAGAUAUAUACUUCAUGAAGCACAUACAAGCUCUUGCAGCUACUGCAAGAUGCAUCUCGAGGUUUUUCGGAAUACGAUGAAAUCGUAAGUGUAUUGGAUUCAUUGCGCUCUGUUUACAGGCUUCUUCAAUCUCUGCCAAUGAGAACGAAGUGUAUUGGAUUCUUUCAACAUGGAAAACGACACUCCACAAAGUUCCAAUUGGUAACUAGUUUUGUUCUUUAGCUGUUCUUCGAUCUUGUGGUCUCACAUAAAAACAACAAAACUAG